UCCAGCGUAGCUAGAGUGGAACACUGAUCCAGGGCCACUACCUUCUGUCACCCGAGACUCCUCGAAAGAUGCGCUUUAAUAAGAAGGCGAACUACAACUUGGAGCUGGCGGUGUGCACUCCGAACCCCGGCUUCCAGGAGGACAGCGGGUCACGGCAGGACUACCCCGCCGUCCUGACCGCGGAGGGCAAGUUGGAGGGCGACGGUGAAUACACCCAGAUCAAACCGUACGCCGGGAUGCCAAAGGAGGUUCUCCUCCUGUACUCGUCUCAAGCUCGGUACCGCGUCCCCCGGGAGAUCUUGUUCUGGCUGACGGUGGCCUGCACGCUGGCUCUCUUGGCCGUCACCGUGGCGAUCAUCGUGAUGUCCCCGCGGUGCCUGAGCUGGUGGCAAACCUCCCCGGUGUACCAGGUCUACCCGCGCUCCUUCAAAGACUCGGACGGGGAUGGAGUUGGAGACCUCAACGGAGUUCGGCAGCAGCUGGAUCACUUCCUCCACCUGAACAUCAAGACGGUCUGGAUCAGUCCCUUCUACAAGUCCCCCAUGAAGGACUUCGGCUACGACGUGGAAGAUUUCCGAGCCAUCGACCCGAUCUUUGGGACCAUGCAAGACUUUGAGAACCUCCUGGCUGAAAUGCAUCAACGAGGCUUGAAGCUGAUCAUGGAUUUUAUUCCCAACCACACCAGCGACAAACACCGCUGGUUCAAUCUGAGUCGGGCAAGAGAGCCAGCAUACGAGGAUUACUACAUCUGGGCCGACUGUAAUGCAACAGAUCCCAGGCCUAACAACUGGGUGAGCAUUUUUGGGAACUCUUCAUGGACGUAUGACGACGUCCGCGGUCAAUGCUACCUUCACCAGUUCCUCAAGGAGCAACCGGACCUAAACUUCAGGAACCCGAACGUCAAAAGAGAGAUUGUGGAUCUGAUACGUUUCUGGCUGAAGAAGGGGGUGGAUGGAUUCCGGAUGGAUGCGGUGAAGCACAUCUUUGAGGCAUCACACCUGAGGGACGAGCCUCAGGUGGACCCAGACAAACCACCAGAAGAAAUAACGACAGAGUGGGACCUCUACCACGACUACACCACCAGUCAGCUGGGCCUGCACGACCUGCUCCGGGACUGGAGAGCAGAGAUGGACGCCUACAGUCGGGAGCCAGGCAGAUACAGGUUCAUGGUGACCGAGUCUUACGAUUAUCAUGAGAUAGACAAGACCAUGAUGUACUAUGGUACUCCGCUGAUCAAAGAAGCUGACUUCCCCUUCAACUUCUACCUGCUGGACCUGCCUCGCAAUACCAGCGGCUGGUGGGUGAAACAUCUGGUUCACCUGUGGAUGGGCAACAUGCCUGAGGGACGGUGGCCCAACUGGGUGGUAGGGAACCAUGACCGACCUCGGAUCGCCACAAGCGUGGGUCAGACUUAUGUCCCGGUCCUGAACAUGCUCCUCCUGACUCUGCCUGGGACACCGACCACCUACUACGGUGAAGAAAUCGGCAUGGAGAACAUCAACAUCACAGCGAGCCAAGUGCAGGACCCCUUCGGCAAAUACAAUAUUAGCAACAGCCGGGAUCCUCAGCGGUCUCCCAUGCAAUGGAGUGGAGAGGUGAACGCAGGGUUUAACACCCAGACCAACCUCACGUGGUUGCCAGUCCAUCCCAGUUACCUGAGUGUUAAUGUGGAGACUCAGCGAGCGGACAGUGGUUCGGUGCUGGCCCAGUACGGCUCCCUGAACGCUCUGCGCCAGGCCGAACUCCCACUGAAUCGUGGCUGGUUCUGUUACGUCCAUGCGGACUCCAACGUCUUCUCCUUCCUCAGAGAACUGGACGGUCUCCAGCGAGCCUUCCUCAUGGUCCUUAACUUUGGGAAAGAACCCGCCACCACAGAUCUCUCCUCUGUGUCGGAGCUGCCGGACCAGCUGCAGGUCUUGAUGAGCACAAAUGUGACUAACAAUGGCAAGGUUUUUCAAAAGUCCAGAAUCCUGACAGCAGCUGGAGAGGGUUUGGUCAUUCGGUACCACACGGACAGUCGGUUUAAUCCCAGCCGUCCCGGACAGUGCUACAUCUCUGAGAAGGCCUGUUAUCUCAGUGUGCUGGAUUUGCUGUAUAAAUGCUAAUUUGACUCCUUUUGUGCGGUUUUGGUUGAGUAAUAAAAAUAGCACCAACCGUCACUCACUUCUCCUGACAUUAAUCUUGGCUUCCUCAUAAUCUCUGCCUCAGAAGAUGAAGUUGGGAUGCUCA